UCAGAUAAUCAGAACCAGUCGAAAUAAAAUGGUUGAUAUUUAACUUCCGGUCAAAAGCUACAAAGACGCAGUGAUACCUUCUCCUGAAAAAUACAUAUUAUUAAUCAAAUAUGACCGAUACAGACCAGGGAAACCUGUCAACAGAUGAGAGCAUAACUUCAGGGGAUCAACAGAAUGAAAACUUAAGGGCUGAAUCUAGUAUUUCCACAAGUAGCAACGCCAUUCACAAUCCUUCAUCAUUGUUGCAGUCAAAUGAAAUACGAACACAAGCAUCAUAUUCUGCCUCAGUAUCUAACAAACCUGCCAUUAUACAGGCAGGCACUUCCAGACCGAGUCGAUCUGCCUUUUCUAGAACUCAAAUACUACAAAAUACUGUCCCUGAAAGACGGAGCUCCUCCCGAUCCAUCAAGCGGAAGAAGUUUGACGAUGAACUUGUAGAAAGUAGCUUAUUUAAAACAGAAAGAACGACAAGAAUGAAAGUCCCUCCUCCACCCUUUACCGAGAAGGAGAGAAUAGAACCAAUCGUCAAAAUCAUUAAAGAAACUCCAGUUGUUGUACCCAUUGAAAAGAAAAAGACUUCUAAAUCAUCAUCUGCUGUAAGAAGAGCAAAGAGACAAAAGCCAACAACACCAGCCUCUACAAAAGAUCUUGGAAGAUGGAAACCACAAGAUGAUCUGGCAUUGAUUACAGCUGUACAACAGACAAGUGACCUGACUGCAGUACAUUUAGGGAUAAAGUUUUCCUGUAGAUUUACAUUGAAGGAAAUACAAGAGCGAUGGUUUGCCUUGUUGUAUGAUCCUAUUAUAUCAAAGUUGGGUAUGCAGGCCAUUAAACAACUACAUCCAGAUAUAAUAUCUAGUGUCCAGUCUAAAACAUUGUUCAGUAAAGAGGAGGAAAAACUACUGGGAACAGUAUUGUCUACAAGCCAGCCUAAUUUAGAAGUAUUUGAAGAAUUGAUAGACAAGAAUCCUGAAUCAUUUUACCCUUUGAGAACCCCUAAAUCUCUACACAACCAUUGGCUGUUGAUGAAACAGUAUCAUUUAUUACCAGACCAAUCAGUUCAACCAAUGCCAAGAGGGGAUCAUGUUUUAAACUUUUCUGAUGCUGAAGAUAUGCUGAAUGACGAUGAUUUAAAAGAUCCUACAGACGAAAUAUUAGAACAUGAAUUAGCUGUAGCAGACAGAAGGAAUAAAAAAGAAAUCAGACAUUUAGAACAAGAAUUACCAAAAUGGCAGGUCCUUGUUGACAGUGUUACAGGUAUAAGUCCACCAGAUUUUGAUAAUCAAACAUUGGCAGUACUGAGAGGAAGAUUGGUGCGGUACUUAAUGAGGUCAAGGGAGAUAACACUUGGAAGAGCCACAAAAGAUAACCAAGUUGAUGUAGACUUAGCAUUGGAAGGACCAGCCUGGAAAAUCUCACGUCGUCAGGGUGUCAUAAAGUUACGGAGUACUGGCGAGUUCUUUAUAUCUAACGAGGGGAAGAGACCAAUUUAUGUCGAUGGCAAACCAAUUUUAGGAGGAAUCAAACAGAAACUCAAUAAUAAUUCUGUUGUUGAGAUUUCCUGUUUACGGUUUAUUUUUCUAAUCAACCAGGAUUUAAUUAAUGUGAUACGAACUGAGGCACAGAAGCAAGCAAAUACAUGAUACUUGCUAAACAAAGAAGUUGGUAAAGAUUAAUGGAUCUGACUGUUACGAUUGGCAGAAAUGGAUGAAAUUUGACAACAAUCAAAUGGCAUCAAAAUCAUCAUGAGCACAUUGUGACAGUUCUAUGAAGUGACAAUUUGCAAAAUCACAAUAUGACACUUGAUGCAAUGCUCAAAUUGCUUUAACAGAAUAUGAAAUGCUAAAUUUGCAUAAACACAUUAUAAAAUUUGUAGUAAAUGCUUAAUUUGCAUAAAUGCAUUAUGAAAUUUAAAUGAAAAUUUAAAUUGGCAUAAACACAUUUAUAUUACAGAUACUCGUAUAUAAGAUUUGACCAAAAAUUGUGUUGCAAAAUAAUGUUUCUAAUAUUGAAAGAAAUAUAAACUCAAUUAUGAAGCAAUUAAAUGGUGUAAACAUUUU